UCAGACCAGAUCAGACUAGACUUCCAUAAUUGUAAAAUAUAUAGAGACCGGACAUUUAUAAGACCAGACUAAACCAGACUAGGGAUGUUUUUACUUGGACUGUAAUUCAUCCCAGACCAGACCAGACCAGACCAGGCCAGAGUUGGAUAGUUAUAAAAAUACAAAGAAACCAGACCAGACCAGACCAGUUCAGACCAGACCAGACUAGACCAGAUCAGACCAGACCAGACCAGACCAGCAAAUUACAGUUCAAGUAAAAACAUCCUAGAUCAAACUUAAACAAAUCAAACCAGACUAGACCACUAAAUGUAACUCCAAGUAAAAACAUGCAUACUCAAUAUGUUUUAGACUUUUAGUCCUAAAAAACACAGUCCUAUACAUUACUACGUACAUACUCCGGCCCAAUACUUGAAAGUAUGAAGAAUAGACCUAUGGGCUAUUGCCAAGCCCUGCUGUCCAAAACGGUCCAUACCAGCGAAACAUCCAGCAACCACACCAGAAGUCGCUGCUAGCCGGGAUUUCAUGCUGGAUUUCGCCGUCGCCUGGGGCCGAACUGAUGAGGAAGGAGACGAGUCUGACAUGUUCGGCAGCGCUUGCCUCCCUUCAUCAUCCGCAGUUUCGCCCGCUUUUGUUCAUAAGUAAACUAAAUCAGGGAAGAUGAAAUCAUUACAGCUCGUCGUAGCUUUGGACUCUUCAGAAUCAGCUGGCGGACGGUGUCAGGUUCAGGAAACGGAUUUUUGAUGAAUAUCUUGCCGAUUUUCCGAAUCCAUGUUUUCUUCACUUUUUUCAGGGUUUCGAGCUAUUUAUAACCGCUGGUGGCACUUGCUCCGUUCAUAUCUUCUCGCCUUUCAAGGUGCACUUGUUUGGAAUUGAUUCUGUUUGGGCUUCUUUUUUUUAAAACAGAAUUACUUGUGCACUUUCAUCAAACGCUGCUCUUCUGAAAAGAGCAGAAUCAGUUUUAAGAAUCAGAUCCAAACAACCCUCUUCAAUUAGCUUCCUUCUGAUAUGUUUUUGCAUUCAGUUCUUAACCUCAACUCAUCUACCAUAAUUUUACUUUCCCCUGGGCUUAACAGCUUGCUUCCGUACACAGUAGGUCUUCAUUACGAAUUGAAGAUCCCUGGCCCAAUUCAAUCAAUUCUUCUUAUUAUUUGUUUACCUCUACAAUAUCUUAGGUGUCUUAAAUAUCAGCUGAAUUGCUUGCAAAUGCAUGAUGAAACAAUGCAUAGCUUUUUUAUUUUUUGGAAAGCAUCCUUCGUUGAGAUUUUUGUCCUACUGAUUUCUUUUUUCAUAAUUAUACACUUGAUCCUAUGUUUACUCUUUUCUUUUUAUUAUUGUACAUUGAAUGAAUGAAGGGUGUCUUUUCAUUCUGAAAUUUUUCAUAUGCUGUUUGUACUACAAUAUAGGAUUCACUCUUCUUCGGAGAAUAGUGAACUUGUCUUUCAAAUAAAAGCUCACACAAGAGGAUCUGCACUUCUGCAGUUGUUUAUAGUUAACUUAUUCUAAGUAAUGCUAGUGAUAACAAAAAUGAUAAUAUUUUGAAAUCUAAGGAUGUUUUUACUUGGAUUGUAAUUUGCUGGUCUGAUCUGGUCUGAGUUGGUCUGGUAAUGUCUGUCUGUAUUUUAUAACUAUCCAAGUCUGGUCUGAUCUGGUCUGGGAUAGAUUACAGUCCAAAUAAAAACAUCCUAAGAGGGGUUAGUUAGCAGUUACAAGAUUGUAGAACUCUAUAAAAAAAUAAAAAUAUAUGGUAGCCAUUCGAUAAAUAUUCUAAGUUCUAUUUCUGACUUUCUGUAGUAUGGUUUGCAGAGAGUUCCAUCUAAAUCUGAUAAAAAAUCUAACAGCAUGAUCAAAAGCAUCCAAAUCAUUAUAUUUGAGGGGGAACCGAUUUAUUUUAUCCAUUUAAACUUGAAGAUCAAAACCAGAAGUUUUACCAUUAAUGUUUGAGUUUUUGGAAAGUGAAAGUUAGUGAUAAUAGGAUCUUUCAUUAAAUGUUUCCUAAUUUUUCAUGAAUUCUAGUUGACUUAGUAGAUUGAUUUUUGUUAAGCUUACUUUCUAGUUUCUACCUCUUACAAUUACUUUAACAGGAGGUGGAGGGUGAUAGUUGAUUGCUUAAAGUGUUCGGGGUAAGGAAAUGUUGACUUGGUGUCACAUUAUGGUUUAUUUGCUUUGUACAGAUAUUUGUAAUAUCUUAGUUUCAAAAGUAAAAGUUUAACAAAUACACAUAUGAUAGCAUUUUCGGUGGCUUUCGCAUGAUCACCACGUAUAGCUGAACUCGAUACGCAUUUGUCAAUUGAGAUUAACGGUGUAGGAACGUGUCUGUUUAUUAUUCUGCAUGAGCUGAUUAAAAGAUUUAAUAAUGGUGGGCACAAUUUUCUAUAAAUGUGCGCUUCCUUCUUUGGAUAGGUAAAUGCAUUGAGGAGGAAAAGGAAAUAUUAAACUUCCUUAGGAGUUUUGUGUAAGAUGAUCAUCAAUUAAUUCUUAGCGUGUUGAUUUGUUCUGUUAAAUUCAACACUUUGCUUGUCUAAAGUUAGUUCUUCGCUGUUAUUAUAGUAGUAGCUCAGUUAAAUGCAAGUGUCUUUCUACAUAUUACAUGACAUUAAAUAUGUUUUAUGAGGUCAAUGUUGCAUUAUUUACAUUUUAUAUAUGUAAAUACUAAAUACUAGUGAAUCAUGCUUUAAUUUCUUAACUAAAUUAGUUCAUACACACAUUCAUUAGUCUUGUUGCAGGAUAACAUCAUACUUUGUUUUCAGGCUAUUCUUCCAUUUAGAUAAAGAUUCCCCUUUUGACAACUCUUCAUACAUGGCUAGUCCCUCUACUGUCUUCGAGAUGAACAAUCCUCAGCAGCAUGGUCAAAAUGAAGAGCAUGAACCAAUUAUCCCUGGAUUCGAAACCCCGCCAUCACCUAAGUCCAGUUAUGACAAUGUCUAUAACAUAAAAGAAGACGAAGGGCGAGGGCUCCCGCCUGAGGCUCCUCCAUAUCUUUUGGAACCUAUGACCGUCAGGAGAUUAACCACUGGUCAAGAGACACCUGACCAGGCACCCAAUCGUGUGGUCUUGAACCAUCUUUGCACCAAUGCGUAUGACAGGAAGUUUUCAUGCGAACCGGUGGGAGUGGCAACAACUCACCGCGUUGGCUCAAAAUACGUGACCGAUGUUCUUUACAAACCGCCUCCUCAGAAGGGAAACGGGAGCCCCAGCUGCACCAGAGAUGCUCAAGUGUAAUAGUUUUUUAUAUUUAAAUAUUUAUUUAUAACAAAACUUGCAGUGAAAUGUUUGUAGUGUUAACUUAAUUUCAUAGCGUGCAUUAGGGAAUGCUCUGGUUUGCAUCUUCGUGGUCAUAACCAUAUGGAUUAUGACCAGGAAGAUAAUAGUGAUUUGAUAGAGUUAGUUGUCAUAACCAAUUUGCUUUUCAAACAAAGCCUUAUUCUCAACAGAUCUUUUACCCUAGUCUUGCAUGAUAUCAUUAGGGGUUGAGUCAAAGUUCAAAUAAUAAUGCAUACAGAAGUUUAAAAUGAACUUCACACAUGUCUGAUUGUGGGAUAGAGGGCG